GAGUGGCUGCCGGACAACCGCUCGGCGAUCCUCGUCUCGGACUUCCGCGACGCGAGCGUCCUCGCCGAGUACGUCACGCUGCUCAACGCCAACGACGACGAGUACGAUCGCUACCUCGCGUUCAAGCGCCGCGGCGACGGCGUCGUCGACAACGCCAAGCUGGCGGCGGCGAUGCGCGCGCGCCGCUGGGGCGUCCGCGACGAAGACUCGGCGUCGCCGCGGGGGAACUUCGUCGAGCACUUCGAGUGCCACGUCUGCGAGCGGCUCCACGAGGGGGCGCCGGCGCGGCGCGUCGCGAGCGCGGAGCAUUACGGGUGCCCGCGGCCCGGGCGGCUGGUGCCGGACGCCGACGCCAGCGACACGAUGUGGCAGAGCAUGUACGACCAGUCGCGCGUGGAGGCGCGCGCGUGGCGCCGCCUCGUGGAGCGGAACGUGGUUUAUUCGUCGCAGGAGUAUUACGAUCUCGUGAGCGACAUGGCUGUCGAGGCAUCGGCGGUGAUAGUAGCGAUCGUGCUCUCUCUCU